UGUUUAUUUUGAUAAGACACGAGGUUUGUCUACUUAGAUUAGUUUUUUUACGAGUUUCCCGAUAAUGUCUGAGAAUUCGCAAAAAAAGCAACACAAAAAGAAGCGCACGUUGUCAGAUAAGUCGAUGCUUGUCGAGGAAAUCAUCAACAAACAGAAACAAUUUGCCAAAUCGAAGCCGGAAAAGAAACGCAAGCAAGUUUUCGACGAGAAACGUCUUUUGAAGAAGGCACGAAACGAAGAAGAAACUCUUCCAAAUUCUACGAUGGCUUUUAAUAAUGGAUUGGAAAGUGUUUCGACACCCAUGAAGAAAGUUGAUGAGAUAAAAGAUGAACCGGAAGAUUUUGCCUUCGUCGAAGACAGUGUUGAACAAGGAAAAAGUGCUUUUCGACAAGUUAUUUUUCCCAUAGCACUCGACAAGUUCAUGAAAGUUCAUUGGGAGAAGAAAUUCUUGCACGUCAAACGCAAUGAUCCAAAGUAUUACAAGCACUUGAUGUCAGUCAAAUCAAUCGACCAAAUGUUAAGAGAAAAUCACAUCCAAUAUACCCGCAAUAUCGACAUUACAUCAUACAUCAAUGGACAACGUGUUACCAAAAACCCCGAAGGACGAGCCAAAUCAAGUGAAGUAUGGGAUUUUUAUGAGGAAGGAUGUUCCAUUCGUAUCUUGAAUCCGCAAUCGUACAUCGACGAGGUGUACAAAAUGAAUGCACAAAUUCAAGAAUAUUUCCAUUGCAUGACGGGAACAAAUGUAUAUUUGACUCCGCCAAACAGCCAAGGUUUCGCUCCGCAUUACGAUGAUAUCGAAGCGUUUGUCUUGCAAAUCGAGGGAAAGAAACAUUGGCGAUUGUACAAUCCGCGAUGCGACGAAGAAGUAUUACCGCGCGAAUCAUCGCAAAAUUUCGAUCAAAACGAGAUAGGACAACCAAUUUUAGAUGUCGUUUUAGAAGCAGGCGAUAUGUUGUACUUCCCUCGAGGCAUAAUUCAUCAAGCAAACACUGUCCCUGGAUGUCAUUCGUUGCACAUAACAUUGAGCGUGUACCAAAAACAGAGUUACGUAGACUUUUUCGAGUACUUGUUAACAGGAGCAUUACAGAAUGCGAUUGAAACUGACGUUGAAUUCCGUAAAGGUGUUCCUUUAGAUUUCCACAAACAUCUUGGAGUUGUUUAUUCUGACUCAAAAUCGCCUCGACGAACAGAACUUUUACAGAAAAUACGUAAAAUGUUCCUUAAAAUGGCAGAUGAAUUACCGAUUGACUAUGCAGCUGAUCAAUUCGCCAAGAAGUAUCAAAAAGAUGCUUUACCGCCGUAUCUAACGCCCGCUGAACAAACUAUGACAUACAAUGGAAGCGAGUUUGAAACUAACGAAGAUGGAGGAGUUAGUUUCGGAGCAGAAGUUCAACUAACUUCGGAAGUUAGAUUGAUCAAAUCGAACAUUGCAAGAUUGGUUACUGAAGACAACGUUAUUCGCCUUUACAAUCACAUCGAUAAUUCAAAAGUAUAUCAUGAAUUUGAAUCUGGAUUUUUGGAAAUUGAGGAAGAAGAUGCGGGACUUGUCGAAACUCUAAUUAAGGAAUAUCCCAAAUUUAUUGCCGUAUCGCAAUUACAUGAAGACUCUGAAAGAGCAAUCGCAUUAACGCAAGAUUUGUUUGACAUUGGAUUACUUAUGAAGAAGACACUUUGAUUCAUCUUUAAAGAAAAUAUUUAAAAAUACUAUUAAAGUUCUUACUUCGUUUAAUUAAUAAGAAAAAAUAUUAUUAAAACUCUUUAAAUGCUAAUAUAGAUACUUUUUUCUUUAUUUUA